AUGGACCAGAUAAGCUCGCCUGAAAGCGAGCCUGAUACGAAGGGAAUCGACUCGAUUUUACAGGAGACCGGGCCGGAAACCAAACAGAAUGUCGGUUCCGAAGUUGACGGCGAGGCGGACUUGGAGGACCAGACGACCAAGCGAAAUACAGAGCUGAACGCAAUGCUCUAUCAAGUGUCGGAGGACCAGUUUGAGACCAGUUCGAUGGAAUCUAGCGUCCCAGAACGGUUGCUGAUGUCUCCGUCAUUGAGUCCACAGGGUUCAACGGAUACUUCUUUACCGUCUUUAUCAGUGGAUGACACCUUAGAUCAUCACUCCAAAAGACACAUUUUGAAAGGUUCCCGAACUUUUGAGAAAGGUGUUUCGUUUGAGAACAUGAGCAACGAAGAACUUGAUUAUACAAAGCUACAGUUCAUUCUGGUAACUAAGCAUCACGAGUUUCAUUUUGAUCGGACUUCAAGAACGUUUAUGUGUGGCUACGAUAACAACGAGUGUUCGCUGGUUGCACUAAAAUGGACAAUAGAUGAAAUGCUUAACGACGGAGACACGUUGGUGUGUCUGCGUGUGCUCGCAAAGGAGACAGCGAUAUUGGACGCCAAACCAGACUAUAAGGAGGAAGGAGAGCAGAUUCUGGAAAGCAUUGCCAAAUUGAAUUCCAAAGAUAAGAAAAUCAAGAUUGUGUUGGAGUUCAAGGUUGGAAAGGUGCCAGAAAUGAUCACCAGAGCUAUCCGAGAGUACGAUCCCGUGAUCUUGAUUGUGGGAGCACAUAAAGAACAGAAAACGGGUAUCAGAGCCAUGAUUAGCUCAAAGUCCAUGUCCAAAUACUGUCUCCAAUACGCCCGAGUGCCCGUCACUGUUGUUAAUCCCCUAUACCAUCCGCACAAACCAAAGAUAGACUCAGACUCGCCGACCAGAUACAUUGACGCUCUCCGCAAGUUCCAGCACGGUCAUGUGCUUCCAGACACUUCUGAUAGGAAACCGCGGUUCCAACGGGUCACGCGUACCGAUAACAUGCUGUCGCCCUUGAGGUCCAGAUCGCGGUCGAAUUUCUCGGAAAACCGUGGGGUUAGUCCUGCAUUUUCGCCGUCCAGGACCCUAAGUCCCUUUAGAUUGUUCAAGAAGAAUAAAGAUUAG